GCUACGCGCUGCGCAUUGCCGCGCUCCUGCUGGCAGCAUUGUUGUCUUCCGGCUUCUGUCCUCGCUCCUCAGCGGCGGAGAUGGAAGUGGGUGGCGGUAGUGCCGGAGGAGAGCAGGAGUCGGUGCAGAAACAAGUGCCGGAGGAGCAAUGGCCAUCUCAGAAGGAGGAGGAGAGGGAGGAAGAGGACCAGAAGCGGCGGGAAGAGUUGGAAAAGCACCGGCGGCAACUUUGCACGGAAUUUGCCUCCAUCGCCAGCACUGAUGCGGCUGUGGCUCAGUGCUACCUGGCGGAAAAUGACUGGGAGAUGCAAAGGGCGCUGAAUUCUUAUUUUGAAUCACCCGUUGAUGAACAGUAUGUGGAAAGGAUGCCCCAGGCUCUUCCGGCAGCUGAGGCCAUCGUUGACCUGACUGAUAGCCCGAAUGCCAGUAGCAGAGCUGAGAAAGAGGAAGGCCUUGGCUUGCAAGAGGAUGACAGCACAUUUUCUUUAAUUACUUGGAACAUAGAUGGCCUGAGUUCAAGUAAUCUGCAAGAAAGAGCACGAGGAGUGUGCUCCUAUCUAGCUUUGUAUUGCCCAGAUGUGGUAUUUUUACAGGAAGUUAUUCCUUCAUAUCUGAACUAUCUACAAAAGAGAGCUGUUAGUUACACAAUUAUUCCAGGUAACACAGAAGGUUAUUUCACUGCCAUAAUGCUGAAAAAAUCAAGAGUAACAAUUUUAAAACAUGAAAUAAUACCUUUUCCAACGACCUCUAUGAUGAGAAAUUUAUUAGCAGUAAAUGCAACAGUUUCUGGCAGUGAGGUUUGUUUUAUGACUUCUCAUCUGGAGAGCACAAAGUCUCAUACUGGAGAGCGUUUAAAGCAGCUGAACCUGGUGUUGAAGAAAAUUAGUGAGAUACCAGCUUCCACUACUGUGAUAUUUGGAGGAGACACCAAUCUAAGAGACCAAGAGGUUGUUAAACUUGGUGGUUUACCUAGCAACAUUCUGGACAUCUGGGAGUUUUUGGGCAAGCCAGAACAUUGUCACUACACAUGGGAUACAAGCCAAAACACCAACUUGAACGCACCUUACAAGUGCAAGUUACGAUUUGAUCGCCUGCUUCUUCGAGCGGCUUCUGCUGGUGGGCAAAUAAUUCCCCAGAGUUUGGAUUUAAUUGGGCUAGAGAAACUAGACUGUGGAGAAUUUCCUAGUGACCAUUGGGGUCUAUUGUGUAAUUUUGAUGUGGUACUAUAAGCGAAGCCCUUUGAAGGACGGUUUUAAGUCGGUUUCUGAAGACACUGUUCUAACUGUUCUUGGUUUUAACCAUAGUUUCUAUACUUUAGGAUUUUUUAUUUUGUUUAGAAUACUUAUGAGCGUACUCCUUCAACAUUUGUUGGAAUAUUUACUUAAAAGGGCAAAAAGGUUACUCUACUUUCUAUUCUUACUUUCUUCCUGUUUAUGUGCAUUCAAGUGAAUGUCUACAAUUCUUGUGAAUGCAGUAAAAAUGUAAAAGCCAGUUAGUAUGUUUUAUACAAUCCUCCUCAAAUGGAAUAAUUAAGUGAAUCUGCGGGUCUUAAAUAAGUGUUCAGAGUACUGAAUAAAUGCCAAAUGUAAGUUUCUUUUAAAUUACUUUUAUUAGCUGAUAAACUGGUGAGUGUAGAGUUAUUGGGUGCAUUGCUGAACUGUCAGUGAAAAAAGCCUGUUGAUUCAGGCUAAGAACAUUUAUGAUAGCAUUCCUAAGCAGAGUUCCACCUUUCCCAAAUCCCCUGGAGUCAACGUACCAACCCUCUGAUGGACUUGAUCACAUAAUGAAACCCAAUAAGAGACAGAAACCUCCUCCCUCGUUAUCCCUUCUUUUUUUUACUGAAGAUUUGCAGCUCAGGAAGCAGAAGGCAGUGCUCAUGAUUUUUCUGAAGUCCUAUGGGUAAGAUAUGAUUGCCCAUGUUUAGCUGUCCAGUCCCUGAAGGAAAAAAAAACAUCCACUCACCUUGAGCAGUGUGGCUUUAGCAUCUAAUCACCUUUCAGGCUGGAGAUAGAAUGUUGGAGGGAAGUAUAACAGGAGUUGGUUCAGAUCUGCCUCGGUGAAUGCAGAGAUAAUUCGUGUCUGCCAUAGCAAGAGAGCGGACAGUUUGAAGUGUGGCAGAGUGGAUUAACUUAACCUUUGGGACAGGAUAGGCCACCUGGAUGUUUGGCCGCCUUUGGUGAUGUGCAAACCUCAAACCUUUUUGUCUGACUUUUGGAAACUGGCAUUCUGGUGUAGGUGGAAUCCUGUCUGUGUGUAUGUAUGAAAGGUUCCAACCUAGCCUGUUUGUACCUGCAAACACUAAAGAGGUUUCAUAUCAAAGUCUGAAGUAAUUAGCUUAAACUUAUUUGCUUUGGCCAGGUUUCUCCAAUGACUCUGGAGACGUGUACUGCUGAUCUGUUCUUUAAAAACAACACGUAAAUAAAUUUUCAUUACGUACAA